UAUUCCAGGCUGAGAUGAAUCAUAUUCCCCGCCCGCUACUUGACGAGUGUGUCAUGGUGUGCCUGGACAAUAUCCUUAUAUAUUCGAAGGCACUGGACGAACACAUACGUCACCUGCGACAAGUGUUCAAGAUCCUUUGGAAGGAACAGUUCUAUGCCAAACUCUCGAAAAGCGAGUUCUCGUUGAACCAAGUUCCCUUCUUGGAACACGUCAUCAGCGCACGUGAUGUAAACAUGGACCCCAAGAAGAUUGAAGCAAUGAAGCAGUGGAAGCAGCCGUGAAGGAGCUUGAGCAGUUCCUCGGCUUUGCCAACAACUAC